GGCGGUCUAAACACCUGCUCGCGUUCUCUCGCUGCUUUGCUUGUACCCCUCGAGGGUGAACGUCUUGUCUCACAUCUUCGCAUCGUCGAUAAGUAUUCCGUCUCGCCUCCCACAACCUAUCUCGGGGCAGAAUUCCCAAAGAUCCUCGCCCAACCCGACGUGGAAUAUCGCCAAGUCAACUUGACCGUUCCUUCCGCCGUCGCUUCCGCUUUCGAUCCUCCCGAAGGACAGGCUGCCUAUUCUUACGUAUUUGACCUCACGGGCGAGAUUCGCUAUGAUCGCACUGAAAUGAUCGCAAUCAAGAUGACUUUCAAUGUAUCAAGACUCGUUGGCCUUGAAGCUGCUCGUCGCAACGUCCAGGCUUACGUUCGCUUGCAGUUGCCUGUCUACGAAUCGUCUGAGAAGAGUACGCAUGACGAGAAGGAAGACGUCAAACCAGCCAAACCACUCGAUGUUUGGUGGCAUGAAACCGUCCGGAUGUUAUCUGCGAUUGAGGGUCUGAAUUUGGUUGUUCUCCGGGUUGGAUUUGUUUACGGCCCAUAUAUCGACUUUGGUAUAUAUACAUCUGUCAUCACGGUCGCAUCUGUGUACGGAUAUAUGAAGAAACCCAUGAAGACUCUUUGGUCACCCGGAAAGGACCCCAUGUACACUGUCCACAGCGAUGACGUGGCUGGGGGAUUAUGGGCUUGUGCUCAGUGGAUAGCACCGCUAGGUAGAAAGGAAGCUGAUAUAAUCGCUGGGGAGCAGAUACUCUUCCAUAACGAGAAGAGUAAGGUUAGCGAAGUUGAGGGCAUGCCCCCUUGUGAUGCCAAACUUAUAGCCCCGCUCUUCAAUCUCGUUGACGACUCGGAGAUUACGCUCCUGAAAGGUGGAGAGAUUGUGACCGCUUACUUUGGAACGACGUUCGAGUUCCACAGCUUCAUGAUAAACGCCUAUGCCAAGGCAAAUGUCGUGGAAGAGAUUAAUGAACAUCACGUUGGAGUCUGGACGGAAAUGCUCUCAAGUUCAAAUCCACCCAUCACACAAACUCCUUUGACUGCGUACAUGGAUACCUUCACAUUAUCACGACACAAGUUAGCCUACAGCAAUAACAAGAUAAAAGAGGUUAUGGGAUACAAACUGAAACGACCCGAGUUCAAUCAUGACACAAUAAAGGAAAUCGUGGAGAAAUGGAAGGCCGAAGGUUCCUGGCCUAAUCUUUGA